AAUAAAUAAUGGCUUGACAAUCAUUGUCUUAUUAUUUUAUAUAAAUAUUCAUAGUGAUUAAACAUGGUGUCAGAAGUAUAAAUACUAUAGAUAGACAUAACAAUGGGUGAGUCGAGCAAAGAUACUAUUAUUCCUACUAUUCCCCAAUCCCCACCCCGUCCACAAUACUCACAGCGGCAUGCCUUCCUCCGACCCCUGGAAUUUACGGAAUCCAUGGAGGAGAAUUGGAAACUAUGGGUCCAAAAAUUUAAAAUAUAUCUUCUUGCCGAGGACCUGGAAACAGUUUCCGACGAUCGUAAGGUCGCAUUAUUACUCCACAACAUGGGUGAUAAAGGAGUAGAGAUAUAUAACUCAUUUAAUUUAGAUACAAAACAAACCUUCGAUGAGGUCCUAAAGAAAUUCAAUUCUUAUUUCAUCCCAAAAGUUAAUAUUACCAUGCAGCGCCACAAAUUCUUCACGAGGGCACAAGGACCUACCGAGUCGUUUGAUGAAUUUCUUACUGACCUUCAAAAUAAAAGCAUGACAUGCAACUUUAGUGAUAAGAGGGAAGAACUCGUGCGGGAUGUCAUAGUAAUAGGAUUAGCCAAUUCCGCUAUGAAGGAGAGGCUACUGCGCACGGAAGAUCUAACCCUCCAAAAGGCAAUCACUAUGUGCAGAGCGGCCGAAUUAUCCCAAAAACAAGUCGCAGAACUAACGAACGAGAUACCUGCAACCUCCGUGCUCAACGUCAGCUCAACGCCGAUUCACGACGUCAAACACGUCAAUCCUGUCAACACGUCAAGAACAAGAAGCAUCAAGAUGAGAAAAUGCUAUCGUUGUGGCAAUAACUGGGAUCGUACUCAUCAAUGCCCAGCCAUGGGUUGCAAAUGCCAGAAGUGUGGCAUCCCUAAUCACUUUGCAAAAGUCUGCAGGAACAGACAAGUUGCAGCGAUAGUGCAACAACCAAGUGAGGACGUCGACAUGGACAGCGAGGAGACUUACUUCGUAGGCUGCAUCAAUAGCGAGUGUGAAUGAAAAUGCAAUUCCCAGAGCCGAUCCACCUCGUCGGGUCCCUAUAGCACUAAGACAAAACCUUAAAGAAGAGUUGGAAAAUAUGGUGAGACAACAAAUAAUUACCAAAAAUGAGGAUCCGAUGGAGUGGGUCAACUCUACUGUUGUAACCAAAAAGAAGAACAAUAAAAUUCGCGUAUGUAUUGAUCCCCGGUAUUUAAAUAAGUUUAUUAUAAGAACGCAUAAACAGUUGCCAACUGUCGAUGACAUACUAGAUAAGUUAUCAGGAUCUAAGUAUUUUUCCAAAUUCGACUGUAGCAGUGGAUUUUGGACCGUACAGCUUGACCCGGAGAGUUCAAAGUUGUGCACGUUUUCUACUCCAUUUGGAAAUUACUCCUAUAAAAGAUUGCCAUUUGGACUUUCCGUGUCAACGGAAGCGUUUCAGGAACGUAUGGAAGAGACGUUCAGUGACAUCGACAAUGUACAAUUUUAUGUGGAUGAUUUAAUUAUUUACGCUAACACCGUGGAAGAACAUAAUAAAGUGUUACUAAAUGUAUUGAAAAGAGCUCAGGAAUGUAAUGUCAAAUUCAACAGGGAGAAAUCUCAAAUUCUGCGUAAAGAAAUUUCAUUUCUAGGUAUGAUUGUAAGUGACCAAGGGGUUAAACCCGACCCAAUGAAAGUAAUGGCUAUCUCUGAACUGAAAUGCAUUCAUGACAAGAAAGAACUUGAAAGAUUUCUAGGAAUGACAAAUUACCUGUCAAAAUUUAUCAAUAACUAUUCGACUAUUACAAGCCCGUUACGUGAGCUUCUCAAAAAAGAUAUAUUAUUUAAAUGGCUUCCUUCUCAUGAAAGUGCAUUUAAUAAGCUUAAGGACGCAUUAACGAAUGCUCCGACACUUAAACUAUUUAAUAGCAAUAAAGAUAUUGUUGUAUCAGUAGAUUGCAGCUCAGAAGGGGUAGGCGCUUGCCUUUUACAAGACAGACAGCCUGUUGCAUACGCUUCAAAGGCACUAACCGAAUGUCAGAAGGGAUAUGCACAGGUUGAACGUGAGAUGUUUGCUAUUGUGUUUGGAUGCAUUAAAUUCCAUAAGUAUAUUUUAGGAAAACAUGUCUUAGUUGAAACCGAUCAUUCUGCCUUAGAAAUUUUAUUUAAAAAACCUCUGUCUUUAGUUCCUGUAAGAUUACAGAGAAUGAUGCUUAAAAUACAAGGAUAUGACAUUACUGUCAAGUACGUGCCCGGAAAACAAAUGUACAUAUCAGACUUUCUCAGUCGCUCAUUUCUAAACGAUAAAAAUGAUGAAACAAAACAACUUGAUGAAGACUUUAAUAAGGAAAUAAUUUGUCAUGUAGAGAUUAUGAUGGAUUUGCUGCCUAUUUCUAGCGAAAAGAGACAGCUCAUUGCGAUGAAAACUACUGAGGAUCCUACACUAUCUUGUUUAAAAAACUAUAUUCAUCAUGGUUGGCCAAUUUCUAAAAAUAAUUUGAAUGACUCAGUAAAACCUUUUUGGAAUUUUCGCAAUGAAUUGUCUGUAGUUGACGAUAUUAUUUUAAGAAAUAAUCUGGUUGUGAUACCAUUGACAUUACAGAAAAUGAUGUUAGAAAUUAUACAUGAGGGUCACUUAGGAUUAAAUACAUGUCUUAGAAGAGCUAAAAAUGUUAUGUUUUGGCCUGGAUUGACAAGUCAAAUUAAAGAACUCUGCAAUAACUGUCAAACAUGUGCCGUGUUUAGAAAAAAUAAUACCAAAGAACCAAUACAUUUUCAUGAGAUACCCAGACAUCCUUGGUUAAAGCUAGGCACGGAUCUUUUCGAAUUUAAUAAGCAAUAUUUUUUGAUAGUUGUGGAUUACUACAGCAAAUUUUUUGAAGUGGUUCGAAUAAAUGACUUGUCUUCCAAAACCAUUAUCAAUCACAUCAAGUCUAUGAUAGCUCGACAUGGGUGUCCAUUAGAGGUUGUAAGUGACAAUGGCCCGCAAUAUUCUUGUAAAGAGUUUAAAGAAUUUGCAGAUGCAUAUGGAUUUAAGCAUAUUACUUCAUCUCCUGACUAUCCAAAGUCUAACGGAUUAGCAGAAUCGUGUGUCAAAAUUGUGAAAUCUUUAUUCAAAAAGUGUAAAGAGGAUAACACAGAUCCUUACAUAGCUUUAUUAAAUUUUAGAAAUAGUCCUAAGGAAAAUAGCCCUUCUCCAGCUAAUCUUCUGUUUAAUAGAAACCUUAAUGAUCGUUGUCCUGUGUCUGCAAAUUAUUUAAAACCUAAAAUAUAUACUAGAAACUAUCACAUAGAUAAAACUUUGCAACAUAAGGUAGGAUACCAUUAUAAUAAAGCAGCUAAAAUACUGAAAGAAUUAGAAGUAGGACAGAGUAUCAUGUUUAAAAAAAGGUUUUCAGAUGACCGCUGGCAAAAAGGCACUAUUGUAAAUAAGGCAAAUUUUCCUCGUUCUUACAUUGUAGAGGACGAACAAGGUCGCCAAUACAGGAGGAACAGGCAAUUUCUGCGUAGCAUAAACGGCUUUGAACAUGCUAAUUCUACUCAAAACGAGUCUGUUAACCCUAACCCUUAUGCUAUAAAUUAUGACAGUGAUGACAGUGAGUCUGAUUCUUUUUAUGAAGCAGAGGAAAGGGAUGCUGAUGAUCAGGAGAUCAUAAAUACAAGCGAUGUAAGCCAAAACAACACUGAAAUCAUUGUUGCUCCGGAAAGAAAUCCUGAUCUGUAUAAAACUAGGUCUGGGCGAAUAGUUAAGCCUCCAUCGAGGCUAAUUGAAUCUUUGUAGUUUGUGUUUGUUAUAAUUUUAUUAAGGAGAGGAA